AUGGCGUCAGCCAACAUCAAGGCGAGGAAAAUGGUGGCGAUGGUGAAAGCGGCAUCGCAGCCGGCCCCAGUCAACCGCCAAGGACGAAGCCAAGAUGAAAAGAAGGAUGCCCGGUCGCGUAGCAGGAGCCGAAGCGCACGGAAGCCGUCUGCGCAGAAGGAGAAAAGCGCGUUUCCGAAAAACAAUCCCUCGUCACGCGUCGGUUUUAUGGGGUUCUCAAACGUUACACUCUCAACGGUUAGUCGCAGUGCGAUAGAUUUGGUAUGCAAAAUUACUAUAAGGACCGACGCGAUCAAGCUGCUUCGCAUGACAAAUUCUUGAAGGGGUAAACAGCAUGAUGACCGAGGCGUGCCAGACCUGUAAUGCAAGACGCGCAGACCCCCACCUUUCACUUCUGCUAAAUUCAUCCUGCGCCGCGAAUUCAUGUAGCAAGAACAGCUGAGAAUGUAGCAGUUUCGAAUCCCAUAUGCAUAGGUGUUGGGAAGUUGCCACUAGCAAACCUCGCAGCGUCGAGUGGUUCCGCGAGCGCAGCAUCGUCGGCUGUUUCCUCGGCACGAAGAGCGAAUAGUAAGGCACGUGCAGCGGCUGUGAAAGGACCAGC